AUGAUGAAAUUCACUCUCUUAUUAUUACUAGUGAUUAUUUGUUUAAUCAAUUUACCAUAUGCAACAAGUAUUCGAUGUUUAUGUAAAUGUUGUAAAAGUGAUGGUUGCACACCGACACAAGUUAGUUCGGAUGAUAUGGGAGCAUUAUGUAAUGAUGGUACAUGUAAUCAAAGUACAUGUCGUGUACGUAAUCCUGUUGAUUGCUUAACUGAACAUACGGUUCAUGGAACAUGUGGAUCUAUGAAAACAUUAUUUAACCCAAUUAGUUUAAUGAUAACAUUACUUACUCUAUUCAUCUAUCGGCAUAAAUACUAA